AUGAUUGAGGUUUCUGUUUCUGGACAGGCUCUUGAAGACGACGACCCAGUGACUGUGACGUUCCCGUCGACGCUCCGGCGGGUGAUAUUAGAAGCGUGGUGGGAUUUGGGUUUUACUUUUGAUCAGAUCAGUAAAAUUCUCAAAUCUAAGAUCUCUCUUCCUUUCUGCAUCUCUUUCUCCAUACCUUGUGAUCCUUGUAUCAAUAAAAUUUCUAACUGGCUUGACGAGAAAGUAGCUUGUAUACAUAACCUGGAGAAGAAUCUCACGGCUCUGGUGACAUCCAUGGAAGAGCUCAAGGCUAAGCGUGAUGAUCUGUCAAAAAGGGUCACAAGAGGGGAGGAUAGAGGUCAGCAAAGGCUUGCCGAAAUCGAGGUAUGGCUUAAUAGAGUUGCAAGUAUUGAAAAAAGAGUCAGUGAUCUUCUUAGUGCUAGAGAUGAUGAGCUUCAAAAGCUGUGUCUUUGUGGGUUUUGCUCUAAGAGUUUAAGAUCGAGUUAUGGUUACGGGAAAAAAGUUUUCUUGACGUUAAAGGAGGUUGAGACACUCCAUAGUAGAGAAUUUGAAGUGAUUGUUGAGGAAGCUCAAACACCUCGGAUGGAAGAAAGACCUCUUCAACCCACAAUUGUUGGUCAAGAAACGAUGCUUCAAAAGGCAUGGAAACAUCUCAUGGAAGAUGGAGUUGGAAUGAUGGGUUUGUAUGGUAUGGGCGGAGUAGGGAAGACCACACUUCUCACACAGAUCAACAAUAAGUUCAGCGACGUAAGUAGUGGAUUUGAUUUUGUGAUAUGGGUCGUGGUGUCUAAAGAGUUACAUGUAGAGAAGAUUCAAGAUGAAAUUGCUGGGAAAGUUGGUCUUGAUGGAUUUUUGUGGGAGAUAAAAGAUAAGAAUAAAAAAGGCGUACGUUUGUACAAUUUCUUGAAGAAAAAGAGAUUUGUGUUGUUUUUAGAUGACAUAUGGGAGAAGGUGGAUUUAACAGAGAUUGGAGUCCCGUUUCCAACAACACAAAACGGAUGCAAAGUUGCCUUCACCACUCGUUCCCAAGAAGUAUGUGAUCGGAUGGGGGUUGAAGACCCAAUGGAAGUCCAAUGUUUAGCGGACAAUGAAGCAUUUGAUUUGUUCCAAAAGAAGGUUGGACAAAGAACAUUAGGAAGCCAUCCGGAGAUCCCUGAACUUGCAAGAAUAGUUGCUAAAAAAUGUUGUGGCCUACCAUUGGCACUCGAUGUCAUAGGGGAGACCAUGUCAUGCAAGAGGACGAUACAAGAAUGGCGUCACGCGAUAGAUGUUUUGACUUCGUACGCUAUAGAGUUUUCUGGUAUGGAAGAUAAGAUCCUUCUCCUUUUGAAGUAUAGCUACGAUGACCUUAAGGGUGAGGAUGUUAAAUCAUGUUUGUUGUAUUGCGCUUUGUUUCCAGAAGAUUAUAAUAUUGAUAAAGAAGAAUUGAUAGACUACUUGAUAGGCGAAGGUAUUAUAGAUGGAAGUGAGGGUAUAGAGAGGGCUGAGAACAAGGGGUAUGAGAUAAUUGGUGAUCUUGUCCGUGCAUCCUUGUUGAUGGAAGAAGUUGGAACAGAACAAGUGCAUAUGCAUGAUGUUGUUCGCGAAAUGGCCUCGUGGAUUGCAUCUGAACUGGGAAGAGAAAAGGAGGCUUUCAUUGUGCAUGCAAGUGUUGGGUUAAGUGAAAUUCCAAAGGUUAAAAAUUGGAAUGUUGUGAGAAAGAUGUCACUGAUGAAGAAUAAGAUUCGCAAACUCGAUGGCAGUCCUGAAUGUCCCGAACUCACAACUUUGCUCUUGCAAAACAACAUUUUUUUGGAAAAUAUCUCGAGUGAAUUCUUCAAGUCCAUGCCGAAGCUAGUUGUGUUGGAUCUAUCACAAAAUAAACAUCUCACCAGUGUGCCAGAUGGAAUAUCAGAACUAGUUUCCUUGCAAUAUCUCAACUUGUCACGUACUGGUAUACGUCAUCUCCCUAUGGGUUUACAAGAGUUGAAAAAACUCAUUCACUUGGAUCUUUUGAGUACAAGUAAUCUGUCGAGUAUUGCAGGGAUAUCAAAUCUGCGUAAUUUGAUGAUAUUGAAUUUAGCUUUCAGUGGUUUUUCAUUGGAACAUGGCAUAGUGGAGGAAUUAGAAACCUUGGAGCAUUUAGAAAUUUUAACUGUAGGGUUCGAUGGUCUAACUCCACAUUUAGAGCUAUUUUUAAGCUCUCAUAGGUUGAUGAGCUGUACACGAUUUCUGAGUAUCUGUAUUUUGGAAUCAACUAGAAUAGCUUUUCCAGUAACUAUGAACAAGCUCCGUCAUUUCAACAUUAUGGACUGCACUAUCUCUGAGAUAACGAUGGGAAGUAUAUGCAACAAAAGCAAGACGGUUUCUCUUUCUCCUAUAGACAAUCCGAGAGAGCCAUGUUUCUUGAGCCUCUCCCAAGUGUUUAUACUUGGUUGCAGAUGCCUGAUGGAGCUGACGUUUCUGAUGUUUGCUUCAAAUCUUAAAAAACUUCAUGUUGGCAAAGCAAAUCAACUAGAAGAUAUAAUAAAUAAAGAGAAAGCUUGUGAGGGUGGAGAAUCAGGGAUUGUUCCUUUUGCAAAUCUGGUUUCUCUUCAGUUGGAGCGUCUACCAGAGCUAAAGAAUAUCUACUGGUGUCCUCUACGCUUUCCAUGUCUAAAGGUAUUAGAUGUAGGAGAUUGUCCAAAUCUGAAAAAACUUCCACUCCAUUCUCAAAGUGGCAUGCAUGGUGAAAACGGACUCAUCUUAAAAUGCAAUGAGAAAAGUUGGAUUGAAGGUGUAGAAUGGGAGGACGAAGCUACCAAAACUCGCUUCUUAUCUUCAUGCAAACUGUGGGAGUAUGGAAGGCAGCCACAAGGUAUAACGGGUAUAUUCUGA